AUGUAAGGAUUAAGCAAGCGAAUUUUACCUAAGCUAAUUGUUUUCGAUCUUGAUAUGUGCUUAUGGAGUCCUGAAACCUAUGUUUUAGACGAACAACCCUCCAAGAAAAUAAUAGGUAAACUUGGAAAUAUUGGAGAAGGUGUAAUAGGAGUGUAAUGCGGUUCUUAAACUUUAAAAUUAUUCCCUGAUGUUAUAACAAUCUUACAAGAUUUUUACAAUAAUAAAUAUCCAGAAGUUAAAUUAGCUAUAGCUAGUUCAGCAGAUACACCAUUUGCAGUUUAAAUUGCAAAAAAUGCGUUAAAUAUGCUAGAAAUUCUACCAGGAGUAACCAUUAGAUAAGUUAUUUAAAAAGGAUGGUAGGAUAAUUUUGAUGGGCAUAUUUAAAUUGGAAGAACUCCUCCACUUUCCUCAAGAAAAUCCAAGUCCCAUUUCCCCCUGCUUUUAAAAAACACAGGGAUUGCAUACACUGACAUGAUUUUCUUCGAUGAUUGUAACUGGGAUGAUAAUUGCAAACAUGUAGAACUAGAUUGCCCAGGAGUUGUUACAUAAAGAACUCCUAAUGGAUUACAACUUCAUGAAUGGAAUAAAGCUCUAGAUAACUACUAAAAGAAACAAGGAGCAUAAUAAGAUAAAAAGUGA